AUGCCUAAGCAAAAUGACCUGGCUAUCGGGAUUGACCUCGGAACCACCUUCUCCUGCGUGGCCGUCUGCCAGCAUGACAAAGUAGAGAUCAUCGCCAACGACCAAGGGAAGCGGACUACGCCCAGCUACGUGGCCUUCACCAACACAGAACACCUGAUUGGGGACCCGGCCAAGAGCCAGGCCCCUCUCAACCCCCAGAACACGGUGUUUGACGCCAAGCGGCUGAUUGGCCGCAAGUAUGAGGAUGCCGCCGUCCAGGAGGACAUGAAACACUGGCCGUUUACUGUGGUGAGCCACGAGGAGAAGCUAAAAGUCCAAGUCUCCCACAAAGGCAAACAACGGACCUUCUACCCUGAGGAGAUCUCCGCCAUGGUCUUGGCCAAGAUGAAGCAAACGGCUGAGGCCUACCUGGGCUACUCCGUUUCCCAAGCCAUUGUUACGGUGCCCGCCUACUUCAGCGAUGCCCAGCGGCAGGCCACCAUUGAUGCCGGAGUCAUUGCAGGCCUCCAGAUCCUGAAGCUCCUGAACGAGCCCACGGCGGCUGCCAUCGCCUACGGCCUGGACGCCAGGCACCAAGAGGCAGGCGGCCGAAACAUCCUCAUUUUUGACCUGGGUGGAGGCACCUUUGACGUUUCUAUACUUUCCGUGGAGGACGGCAUCUUUGAAGUCAAGGCCACCGUGGGAGACACACACCUGGGUGGGCAGGACUUUGACCAGAGGUUGGUGGCCCACCUUGCAGAGGAGUUCAAGAAGAAGCACCGGAGAGACCUCCACCAGGACAAGAAGGCUCUGCAGAGGUUGAGGACGGCUGCCGAGCGGGCCAAAUGCACCUUGAGCUCCUGCACCAGUGCCAGCAUCUCUGUGGACUCCCUCUUCCAAGGGGUCGACUUCCACGCCACCCUCACCCGGGCACGGUUCGAGGACCUCUGCUCCGACCUAUUUCGAGCCACCCUGAAGCCCCUUGAAAGGGCCUUGAGAGACGCCAAGAUGAGCAAAGGGGACAUCAAGGACAUUGUCUUGGUUGGGGGCUCCACCCGCAUCCCCAAGAUCCGGAAACUGCUGAAGGACUUCUUCAACGGCAAGGAGCUGAACAAAGGCAUUAACCCUGACGAAGCUGUGGCUUACGGGGCAGCUGUCCAGGCUGCCAUCUUGACGGGCAACCGGACGGCCAAGAUGCAGAACAUGUUUCUUCUGGAUGUCACUCCUUUGUCUCUGGGGAUCAAUACUCAAGGAGGCGUCAUGGCAACCAUCAUAAAACGCAACUCCCCUGUCCCAACGAGAGAGAUAAUGGAGUUCACCACGACGGAGGACGACCAGGACACCAUCUUGUUCAUGGUGUAUGAGGGAGAGCGAGCCUUGACCAAACACAACCACCUCUUGGGCAUGUUCACCUUGAAAGGCAUCCCCCCAGCCCCCUGUGGGGUCCCGGUCAUCCUGGUCACCUUCUCUAUUGACGAGAACAACCUUCUGACCGUCUCAGCCAAGGAUGUGGAAACGGGGACCACCAGCCACCUGACUAUCUCAGACACCCGCGGGCGCCUGGGCAGGGAGGAGAUAGAGACGAUCGUGCAGACGGCGGAGGAAUUUCGGGCCAACGACCUGAGCCAGCAGGAGAAGAUUGAAGCCAUGAACUCCUUGGAGUCCUGCACCCUGGAGCUCAAGCGGGUGGCGGAGGAGCAGCUCCUGGACAGGAAGGCCAAGAGGAGGAUGCUGGACAUGUGUGACGGGGCUGCCUCCUGGCUGGAGGGGAACCCCCUGGCCGAGAAAGAGGAGUGUGAGAAGCGGCAGAAGGACCUGGAGGAGGCCUGGGACUCGGUCUACACUGGCCCAGGCGAGGGGGCAGAAGAACGGAUGGAAGGAGACCCCGAGGCCGCUGAGCCGAAGGAAGACAGGGAAUGA